CCCGAUGACAGAUUUGAAUUAGAAUAUCAAGAGCACCAAAAGGAGGACCAGUUGUUGAAUAAAAUGAGCGUUUCGCGGUUCAUCAAGUGCGUCACGGUCGGCGAUGGAGCCGUCGGGAAAACUUGUAUGCUCAUUUCUUAUACUAGCAACACAUUUCCAACUGAUUAUGUCCCCACCGUCUUCGAUAACUUCAGUGCAAACGUAGUUGUCGACGGGAGCACAGUGAACCUAGGCUUAUGGGACACUGCAGGUCAAGAGGAUUACAAUAGACUAAGACCAUUGAGUUAUCGUGGAGCAGACGUUUUCAUUCUUGCAUUUUCUUUAAUUAGCAAGGCCAGUUAUGAAAAUGUUGCCAAGAAGUGGAUUCCUGAACUUAGACAUUAUGCACCCGGUAUUCCAAUAGUUCUUGUCGGGACAAAGAUUGAUCUUAGGGAUGAUAAGCAAUUCUUCAUAGACCACCCAGGUGCUGUUCCCAUCAGCACAGCUCAGGGAGAAGAGUUGAGGAAACUGAUUGGGGCGCCUGCUUACGUCGAAUGUAGUUCCAAGACUCAGCAAAAUGUGAAAUCAGUUUUUGAUGCUGCAAUCAAGAUAGUGCUCCAACCGCCCAAGAACAAGAAGAACAAGGACAAGAAUAAGAAGUCGCAGAGGGGAUGUUCGUUCUUGUAAUUCAAGAACAACAACUAAAGACGACAAAACUUGCAAAAGCUAAUUGUGUAUAGUCGCUAAUAUCGUCUUAACAGAGAAACUUGUUUGUUUUGCAUUUUAUGAUUUGUUGUUGCUGACUUACUUAUAGUCAUUCUUCUCUAUGAGAUUCAUUUUUUUUGCUUGUUUUCUUUAGGCAUUGCUACUAUCUAUGUACUAUAUAGAUUGAUUCCCAUGAAUUUAAGUUUGGCUUGUUCAUUCCUGAAUAUUGUUUUCAUCUUGACAAUAUAUUGUGAAUAUUUUGUUGUUUAUUC